AUGGACAAAGUCUCACUUCAAAGAGUGAGAGUCUGGAUUCAGCCAGGUGUUCCUGGUGGCGGUCCAAUAACUUGUCUAGGAGAUCUCAGAGAAAAAUUCAUGCAGGAGUGGUUCUCAGAGAGAGAGGCUCUAUUUUGGGGCGUUUAUUUCUCUUUCAGCACUAGGAAGAGAAUGUCAGUGAUAGUUCGCACACCAUCAGGAAAGUUAAGACUGUACUGCAAAGGAGCUGAUACUGUAAUUUAUGACCGUCUUGCUGAAAGUUCAAAAUACAAAGAAAUCACUUUAAAACAUCUAGAGCAGUUUGCUACAGAAGGCUUAAGAACUCUGUGUUUUGCUGUGGCUGAGAUUUCAGAAAGUGAUUAUCAGGAGUGGUUAGAUGUCUAUCACCGUGCUUCUACAGCUAUACAAAACAGAGCACUCAAACUUGAGGAGAGCUAUGAACUAAUUGAAAAAAAUCUUCAGCUGCUUGGAGCAACAGCAAUUGAAGAUAAACUACAAGACAAAGUGCCUGAAACCAUAGAGACACUCAUGAAAGCAGACAUAAAAAUUUGGAUUCUUACUGGGGACAAACAAGAGACUGCCAUUAACAUCGGUCACUCCUGUAAACUUUUGAGAAAGAACAUGGGACUAAUUGUUAUAAACGAAGGCUCUCUUGAUGGAACAAGAGAGACACUUAACCAUCAUUGCAGUACUCUUGGUGAUGCUUUAAGGAAGGAAAAUGAUUUUGCUCUCAUCAUUGAUGGUAAAUCUCUGAAGUACGCUUUGACAUUUGGAGUGAGACAGUAUUUCCUGGAUUUGGCUUUGUCAUGUAAAGCUGUUAUUUGUUGCAGGGUAUCACCACUUCAAAAAUCUGAAGUUGUAGAAAUGGUUAAAAAACAAGUUAAGGUAGUAACUCUAGCAAUUGGUGAUGGAGCAAACGAUGUUAGUAUGAUACAAACAGCACAUGUUGGUGUUGGUAUUAGUGGGAAUGAAGGUCUACAGGCUGCUAAUUCUUCAGACUACUCAAUUGCUCAGUUCAAGUAUUUGAAGAACUUGUUGUUGGUUCAUGGAGCCUGGAAUUAUAACAGAGUAGCUAAAUGCAUCUUAUAUUGUUUCUACAAGAAUAUAGUCCUUUAUAUUAUCGAGAUCUGGUUUGCAUUUGUCAAUGGCUUUUCUGGACAAAUUCUUUUUGAAAGAUGGUGUAUAGGUCUUUACAAUGUGAUGUUUACAGCAAUGCCUCCACUAACUCUAGGAAUAUUUGAGAGAUCGUGCCGAAAAGAAAACAUGCUGAAAUAUCCUGAGUUAUACAAGACUUCCCAAAACGCACUGGACUUUAAUACUAAGGUUUUCUGGGUUCAUUGUUUAAAUGGCCUCUUCCACUCAUUCAUUCUGUUUUGGUUUCCACUAAAAGCCCUCCAGCAUGGUACUGUAUUCGGCAAUGGGAAAACUUCAGAUUAUCUGCUCCUGGGGAACACUGUAUACACUUUUGUGGUUCUAACUGUGUGUUUGAAGGCUGGAUUAGAGACCUCGUAUUGGACAUUGUUCAGCCAUAUAGCUAUCUGGGGAAGCAUAGCACUUUGGAUAGUGUUUUUUGGAAUUUACUCUUCUUUGUGGCCAGUCAUUCCUAUGGCACCUGAUAUGUCAGGAGAGGCAGCUAUGAUGUUCAGCUCUGGAGUGUUUUGGAUGGGACUUCUAUGUAUUCCUAUGACAGCUUUACUUCUUGAUGUAGUAUACAAAGUAGUAAAGAGAGCUACUUUUAAGACACUGGUAGAUGAAGUUCAGGAGUUGGAAGCAAAGUCUGAGGAUCCUGGGGCAGUUGUGCAUGGCAAGAGCUUAACUGAAAGAGCCCAACUACUGAAGAAUGUUUUUAAGAAGAAUCAUGUGAACUUGUAUCGCUCUGACUCUCUGCAGCAAAACUUGCUUCAUGGCUACGCCUUCUCUCAAGAUGAAAAUGGAAUAGUUUCCCAGUCUGAAGUAAUAAGAGCUUACGAUACCACAAAACAAAGGCCUGAGGAAUGGUGAAGAAACACAGCUCAAGUUUUAGGCCUUAGUAGUUACUUUUGUGAGACAGACUACUAGAUCUUUGCUGGGAGCUGGGACCAUGGGCCCAGUUAUCAGAGAUUUAAAGAUCUAGGAUGGUCUUGUUCCAUAAAGUUUGGAUUUGUGUAUUCAGUAGACAUAAGCACUGUGCAACUAUACUGUAACACACCAUCUCCAAAUUUUUUAACAAGUAUUUGCUUAGCCCUUGUAAACAGAUUGGAAUUUACCUUGUAUCUUGCCAGCUUGCUUAUUGUACAAUGAAGUUGAAUCAAUACAGGUCGUAUACUCGGAAGGCAAUGGUCAGAUCGCUAAACAUACUUUACAUUGACAGACCAUUAGCAUCUGUGAAGGUUUUUAAGUGUUAAUAUAUUUAAAUACAGUUGAUAACAAGCCUUUGAUUUCAACAAGUGCUGAAAAAAUAGUAUCUUAAUGGUGUUAAUUCACCUUCUUUGAGAAAGAUUUUGACUCAAGAUGUUUAUAG